UUGUAACAAUUCUAAUUUAAAUUAAUAAUAAUCCAUUUUAAUAAUUUAAAAACAAGAAGAGAAGAGAACAAGAGAAUAUCGUUACAGACGGACAAGCAGCGAUAAUCUCUGCCAAACAUCGAUAGAAACGAUAUCUUUAAAACAUCGAUUGCAGAUGUUGGCUAUCGAUGUUUCACCACCUCUACGCUUGACCACCUCUUGUGAGAAAAAGAAUAAAUAAUUUCGGAUAAAUUCGAGAAUUGCUGCUGAAUCAUGAAGCGAGCACGCCAGCCGAAGGCCCUACAGGCCCUGCUCGAUUUCGACCUGGGCGAGAGUUCUUCGGACAGCGAUUUCCUUCCGGACAUCGACAACUGCUCAGACGGAUCAAAGGACGAGAGCGAUGGCGACGCCAGCAGCGACGCGAGCAGCAGCUCUGAUUCUGGGUCGGAUUCGGAUGCGGAAAGCGAGGACUCGACGCUGCAGCUGCGCCAGUUGCUGGCCGAAACGGAGCCACCGCCGCUGGAGAACGGCAUCAACGGAGUGGACCACGGAGGAGCACCUGCCCCGGCUCGACCCUCGCUCCAGCUGUCCAGUGCUCCGGCCAAACGGAUGUGCUGCGUCUGCCUGGGUGAGCGCAGCGACGACGUCAACGAGAUUGUGGAGUGUGACUCCUGCGGCGUCUCGGUGCACGAGGGAUGCUAUGGCGUCAGUGACAACGUGAGCAUCUCCAGCACCAACUCCACCUGCUCCACGGAACCGUGGUUCUGCGAGGCCUGCCGCGCCGGAGUCUCGGAGCCCGACUGCGAGCUGUGCCCCAACAAGGGCGGCAUCUACAAGGAGACGGACGUGGGCAAGUGGGUGCACCUCAUAUGCGCCCUCUACGUGCCCGGCGUGGCCUUUGGCGAGGUGGAGCAGCUGUCCUCGGUGACGCUGUUCGAGAUGCAGUACAGCAAGUGGGGCGCCAAGGUGUGCUCCCUCUGCGAGAACGCCCUGUUCGCCCGAUCCGGAGUUUGCAUUGGCUGCGAUGCGGGCAUGUGCAAGACUUACUUCCACGUGACCUGCGCCCAGGUGGCCGGCUUCCUCAUCGAGGCCCACCACGAGGACGAUGCCGCCGAUCCGUUCUACGCCCACUGCAAGGUUCACUCCGAGAAGGAAAUGAUCAAGAAGCGACGGCGCAACUAUCAUACCCUGCGGCUCAACAUGUUGCAGCGGGUCAGGGAAAAGGAGGCAACUGCUGGCGAUUCCGAAACCUCGGUCCCGCAUCCGAAUCCCGCCCAGGCGCGUAUUCAGCGCAAGCUUCUCAAAAUCCAGCACAAGUAUGCCCGGCACAAGGAGCUCAAGCCGACGCCGUGGGUGCCGACUCAGAAAAUGUCUCGUCUUCUAACCACCUCGGCCUCCGCCUGUCGUCGCCUACUGGCCAAGGCGGAGAUCAUGUCUGUGGAUGUGCAGCAUCUGGAGCAGCGUGAGGCGCAUAUCAACGCACUGACAGACAUCCGAAAAAAGUGGCACAUUGCGCCAGCCUUCAGUGUUGAGUUCACUGCCUACUACAUGGACCGCAUAGUUCGCAUGGAGGACUUUCGCGAGCAGCAGCGGCAACUCAUCUCGCACAACGCCGUCCUGUCCAAGGAUCAGGACGUACUAAGGGCUCAGUACGACUCGGCUUUGGAGGAGCGCAAGACAGUGAAGACCACCAAGGAUUCCCUGUUAGCCAGCAUAAAGAGUGUGCACGCAGCUCUGGCUCAAAUUGCACCCAAUAUGACUUUACCAAGCGUGGAUCUGAUAGCCCGCCCACUGCCAGAGGCUCCGCCCAAGACCAGCACGCCCACUCCACCCCAGCGACCCAUCUCGGUGCCCACAGCAGCUGCCCUGAAAAUGGGCGUGGGCUUUCCGCUGGGCCAUCUGGGUCCGCCCGGCAGUAAACUGGACUCCUCGCGCAUGCUCAGCACUCAGGCGAAACAGGGAAAGCAUUGCAGUUCAUCGACUGCCGUGGAUGCUGCCCCCUCUGUGGCUUGCGGCAUCUGCAAGCGGAGCAAGGAUCAGCACCUGUUGGUCAAGUGCGACACCUGCAACCUGCACUACCAUUUGGGUUGCCUUAAUCCGCCGCUAACGCGUCCGCCAAAGAAAUCCAAGCAGUAUGGCUGGCAGUGCUCGGAGUGCUGCGACAAGUCGGACGGUUCGGAUGCCGUCACAGAGAUCUCCUCGGGACCAAGAAAGUCCCGCACUCGCUUCAACAAGGAUGGCCACCUGGUCUAUGUGGAUCGAUAUUCGCUGGACGAUGUGCCAGUUGCCGCUGCCAUUAGUCCUCCCAAAGAGGUGACGGCCAAGCGGGCGCUGAACAAAUCCCUGCCGGCAACUGCACCAGAAGACAUUGAGGAUCUGACCAAGUCGCCGAAACGUUCCAAACUCCAGUCGCCAUAUAAAACACCUACUAAUGUUCCUACUGUUAACGCUGCGCCUGCUACUACUGCGCCUGCGUUGCCCAAGCCCAAUGCUAGCACCUCGAACCUUUCCGGCUGUGAGGACUCCAUAGACGACUCUAGCGGAAAACUAUCCCGGAAGGGAAAGCGCAAGGACAAGCACAAGAACAAGCACAACCUGUCGUCAGACACGGAGAAGUCCAUUGGCAAGGAACACAAGCGGAAGAGGAAAAAGCGGGCACAUCUCGACGAGUCGUCGGGUCACCUGGACAACGUGGCCAACUCCUCGGGCAGCACCAUCAAGAUCAUCUUCAAGGCUUUGCGAUUGCCAGGCGAGGAUGCGCCAGAAUCUCAGUACUUUUAUGUGCCGGCCAAUGCGGUGCGCUCCGUGGACGAGGCCUCGCGUCCCACCUCCGUCGAAACGGUCGAGGACAGUGUCCAGGGUGCGGAGCAGGCCUUGGCGCCCAUUGUGCUGCCGGCAGCGUCGCCGCAAAAGGUGCGGGAGCCCAAGGAGGCCCCUGUCACUCCUGCUACCGCCAUCGCCAUCGCUACACCCUCGCCCAAACGAAAGGUCAGCCCCCGAAAGACAACACCCAGGAAGCCGCGCGUGGGACGUCCCCGAGUGUCAAACACCAAGCCGAAUGUGGAGAUCAGCUGCUGUGUGUGCAGCCAGACCGGCAAGUCCAACCAGGUGGUGACCUGCGAUGAGUGCCACCGGCACUACCACUUCGCCUGCCUGGAUCCGCCGCUCAAGAAGUCGCCCAAGAUACGCGGCUACUCCUGGCAUUGCGCCGACUGCGAUCCCACGGACGAGGAUGCACUGCCCAAGAAAUAGAAUGUAACACUAUUUUUAUUUAGCCUAGGUUUUCUACCAUUUUGAGACAAAAUAUCUUGAUAGCCCUUGCGAUAUUUACAAAAGAUAAAAUUGAACAUAACACAAAAUAAUUAUACAUCUUAAAUAUAAUAAAAUUAAACUAC